AUGUGUGUACAAAAACUGAUUGAUUUAGCCGGUGAUCGCAGUCACGUUUUGGUGGUUGGCGAUUACAAUCUCCCACACUUAUGUUGGCCACGUGAUGAAGUUCUAAACUGCCUACUGCCAAUGAAUGCAUCUUCCGACCAGGAAAAUGUUUUGGUUGAAUCGAUUUUAUCGAAUGGACUGUUGCAAAUAAACAAUAUUACAAAUUUCAAUGGAAGGCUUCUCGAUCUGGCUUUCAUCAGUGAUAACAGUCGGGUGGAAUUGCUGGAGCCGCCGUUGCUGCUGCUGCCAAUUGAUCAACACCAUCGUCCCUUUGUUGUAAUAUUCGAACUUGCGGAUGAGAACAAAAAUGUUUCUAAUGUUAUUGGCCCGCUCAACUUUGACUUUAAAAGAUGUAAUUUUGAAUCAAUUAAUAGACUGUUUGCUGAGAUUCGCUGGGAGGAGUUUCUUGUUGGAUGCAGUACUGAUGAAGCCGUAUCAAGUUUCUAUGAGCGCAUUUAUGGUACACUUCGUGAUGUUGUCCCUAUCAAGCAACAAUUUUGUCAGCGUGGUAGUAGACAACCGUGGUGGAAUAACCAGCUACAGCGUCUGCGUAACUGUCUCCGUAAGGCAAGAAAAAAAUAUUUUCGCUGGAAGGAUGAUAGCCAUAAAGCUGUGCUGCGUGACAUUGAGAGCGAAUACAAGUCAUUGCUUGAUCACUGCUUUCGUUGCUAUAUUCGUCGCAUGGAAGACAACAUUAAACAUGAUCCUGCAUCGUUUUGGACGUACGUGAAAAAUCCCAAGCAACAAGGAGGAAUCCCUCAACGUGUGCAUUACAACGAAAAUGUAACUGAGUCCCCGUUGGAGUCUGCAAACUUGUUCUCAUCCUUCUUUCGAAGUGUGCAGAGUAACAACUUACCACUUUCGUUUAAGGAGUAUUUGAACAGUUUGCCGUUGUUUGAUCUGAGCAUGCCGCUUUUUACUUUUUCGGAUAGUGACGUAAUGCGGAAGCUGCAAUCAAUUGACGAAUCGAAGGGCGCCGGACCUGACAGCCUGCCAACGCUCCUCUUCAAAAACUGUGCUGCGACGCUCGCGAUUCCUGCAAAGAUUAUUUUUAAUCAAUCCAUGUAG